AUGUCUGGUGAGCCAGAUCGUUCCCGUCUCUCACUGCCACUGAAGAGUAUUACUGCAAGGGAUGAUGGUAAUGCGUCGGAAGGUAUGAGUUCAAAGCCGAUGCAGCAGAAGCUUAUGAAAAGUUUGAGCACUCCAGCAGAUUACUUCAUUCCUUCAUCAGUGGACAUACAGUUUCUUUCAUCAUCUUCUAAUUCGUUAAAGGAAUCCGGAAAUUACCGACCUUUAAGUCGUGCACAAAGUAUUCGAGACACGAUAUCAAACGGGACAGCAAAGUUUUUCGGAGUUCCAUCGUCAGAAAAUUGUCAGUCAUCAGCUGAUGGACUUGUCGAUCAGAAAUGGAGUUGCCGUCGACUACGGUUUAUCUGUAAACAUUAUGGGAAUCCUAAAGAAGAUAUAUUAACCAGAGAAUUAAGGCCACAAAUUCUGGAUGAUCUGAGCGAUGUUCCAUCACCAUCAAAGAGUAUUACACCUCAGAGCGAAAUACGUGAUGCUGUAUUUAUGCCCCCUGCGGUUGAUACUGCUGAAAUAUUUUCUAGAAGCAAAUCGGUAGAAAGCCGUACAAGCCGGCUUACUCAGCAACACUUGGAACGACGUGACAGUGUUAUGAAAAUGGUUUGCGAUAGGAUUUGUUCAGUAGUACAGAGAGGGACGUUAAAACCAAAAAAGGCUUGUGCUGCGGUGAAACGAGUGUCUGGCAGUUUUGCACCAUUUUCCAUUCAGCAAACUGGGAACAUUACCAGUAUCAGAAUUGGACCGACUGCGGACACCUUCGUUGCAAAAAGUAUGCCUACAGUUCCGGAAGUUGAAUUUGAAAGUCAUAAAUUUGUGAAUACAACGGGUGAUCCUAAAAAGCAGAAUGAAAAAGAAAUUGAAGUAUAUUUACCUAAAAAGAAUCGCACAGCAAUUCAUUUUCUGUCAGACGUAGAAGCUGUUGCACAUGUUGCACUUUCUAAGGAAGUUAUUGGUCAGACAAAACCUCUAUUGUCUUCAGAGUUAGCAAAAUAUAAUACAUCUAUAAUUCCUGUUGUGAGAACACAAGUUCAAGAACCUAUUAUUGAACAUGAAGCGGAUUCUUUACCGUUAUCAAGUAUAGAGUCUAUACAGGACGAAGUAUUCUUUGAUUAUGCUUCACCGACAGUUUUAUCGGAUAUUUCCGAUACCGAACGAGAAGAGCAAACGAAUUCCUUGCGAAUGCAUCGUUGUCAAGGAAUGCGUGACGAGAAAUUUCCAUCUGUGAUAAAAUAUAAAAAGUUUUAUUCCGAAGACGAUCCAGUGGAAGACGAUGGAAAUGUACAUGAAAGAACACGCAAAAUCGAUGGGCCUCAAGUGCGGGAAAUACAGCUACAAUGUUCGAGAGAGGAGAAAUCAGCAGCGUCUACAUCAUUGCGCAAUGCUUUUUCGAGUCCGAAAGAAUGGUUGCAAUGCAUUCAAGCUGUUGAUGAGAAAAAGACGAAGGGAACUGUAGAAACAUUUAGAAAUGUGCGAAGAAGAUUGCUGUUGGAUAUACACAAUGAGCUGAAAUCAAAAAAGUAUUGUGUUUCGCAUCGUCAGCGUUUUGGAGGUGGUUAUGGAAUAUGGCGAAAAUAUUUUCAACGAAGCUAUAAGAAGGAUGUUUAUCAGCUGAAUGAAGAUACUUACAUUGAUUGCAGGCCUUUCUUUACUUAUUGGAUCACGACAGUUCAAAUACUCGUUACUGUAAUUAGUUUGUACACUUAUGGAAUUGGUCCUUGGGGAUUCGGUCUUACAGAAAAAACAGCUGAUGUGCUGCAUACCACUGUUACUUUGAAAAGAGUCAGUAUUUAUGUGCAGCAGAAUAUUUGGCUUGGACCGAAAUUUGCUGAUUUGGUACAUCUGGGUGCCAAAUUUACGCCUUGUAUGCGUAAAGAUCGAAGAAUUUUUGAACAAAUUGAAGCUGAUCAAAAGGAAGAAAAUGAAACCGGCUGUUGUAUUUAUAAUGAUGGUACUGGUUGCUUCCAAACUGGACAAACUACUUGCCCAGUAUGUUUUGCAAUUUAUUAUAUUACCACUUAUGCAGUGAUUUUUUUAUCUGGCGAAUCGUUGUUUUGUAGUUAG